AUGCUGUGGUCUUAUGAGAGUCAGGGUAUUGGAGGCCUGGUGACUUCCCUUCAAUUUGCUGGUUACAUGUACUUCCUUGCUGGCAGUCUUAUACUGUCCUAUCUGGGAUAUCUCAUUUAUAGUCGGGUUGAGGAAAAUGUAGGUGAUCAAAUUGGGAGCUGUGAAGAUCAAGAAGAAAAGGAGGGUCAGAAGAGCAAGUUGACACUUGACUCGGAGGAAACCCCUACAGAGGAGGCCAAAAAAGAUUUGGAUGGGUACUCUGAAGAAAAAAAUGAAGAAAAUGAGAACGACAAGAUUAAGAAGAGGAGGAACAGGAAGAAUAAAAAGAGAAGAGUAGAAAAUGGGCUGGCCACAAUCCCUGACCCUCAUUUGGCUACCUCCAAUACUGGGAAGUCACAAGAGAUGGUAACCUUGGAUGUUAAGGAGAACCUUCGUCACGAAUCCAUUGUCUGCUGCUGCAAGGAUCAGGGCGACCAUCCUUGCAAUAUUUAUAUGAUACUGGAGCAGGUAACUGAUGUCAAAAAAGAAUCACAUGGAAAUAAACUGAAGUCUGCCAAGAAGAACUCCAGUGAAGCUAAUGGUAGCAGUGAGGACUUUAUAGAUGCAAAAGUUGAGAAACAAGAGCAGCCACCCAAUGAGACGGAUCACGCUGGCAAACAGGGCAUCCAUCCUGGGGAGCAGGAAGAGCAGCCAUGUGGCAGAAAUGAAGUGACGGAUGAGUUACUGUCCAAGGCAGAUGUGUCACAUACGAAGAACCCACCUAUCGAGAAGAAGAGAGGCAGGACUCCAGUAAAUCAAACUGAAGACAUUCAUCCAGAAACAGUUAAACGUGAAUGGAAGCCUUCAUUUAGGAGGAGAUUGGCCACAGAGUCAUCCUUAUUUCAGACACCUCUAGUCACCACAGGAUGGAAUCUCAGGUCUCGGUUUUCCACCCAUACGGCAAAUGCUUGUCAGAAUGGCUCUACUUUAGGACAUAAGAAUGCCAUCCUGGAACUAUCUAAUCCUGAUUUGAAGAAAAUGAAUAGGGCAGAGAAACCCUGGCCAUCAGUGAUAAAGAGCACCAUUACAAAGGAUGUACCUUUAUCCACGAGUAAGACCGGCUUUACUGAGAUAACCCAAUCACACUUAAGUAAUGGCAAGGAGUUCCAGGAAUGUCCCUGCCCAGACUACUUGUGCCCAUUCAAUGGAAAGAGCUCUGCAGAAGGUCUGAAAACUCAGGAGCUCUUCAGAAACCUGUUAGAUAUUUUAGAUAAGAUGAUCCCUGAAAGGUAUCCGCACCUCCUUGAACAGGUAGAAGAGUUAAUUGUGGACACCCAGGAGAGGCUUGAAGGUGUUGUCAACAUCAUAGUUAAAAGGGCCAUAUCUGAGAGGCAAUACAGUGCUGUCUAUGCUGGGAUGUGCCACUAUUUACUGAAGCUGGAUGCCCCCACAGCAGACGGGUCUGGAGGAUAUGUUAACUUCAGAUUUCUUCUGUUGAAGAGCUGCCAAAAGUUGUUCUACAUGAAUGGGGAUGAACAAAAUGAAAUUGGCAAGAAACAGGAGGAAAUUGAGGCAGCAACUCAGGAAAUUCAGAAGCAAUGUCUCUGUAUGCAAUUGGAAGAGAUUAAGAAGAUCACCCGCCUGAAAUCACUUGGCAAUAUUGUCUUCAUUGGUCAGCUUUUUAAAUGGAAGGUCAUUACAGGAAGCCGUGUUCAUCAGUGUAUUGCAUGGCUUCUUAGCAAUUACAGCGAGGAAUCUCUGGAGCGCCUCUGCUUGCUUUUGACCACUGUGGGGAAGCAGCUUGACCUCUCUGAAUCCAAGGUCCUGUCUUGUGACUAUAUCAUUGUAACAUAG